GCCAACCACGAGGAAUUCCUUUCAUUUACAGUCCAGGAAGUUGUCCACGGCGUUCUCAGGAGUUAUUGCUUCAGUAGGGUUGGUUCAAAGGAUAGUAAAUUAAACACUGCGGGAAUGAACACUCAAUCUCAUUUUGUGCUGCCUAAACAGCAGAUUAACUGAUAUUACUUACUUGAGGUAUGUUACAUGUUUUUACAGUGGUCGAUUUCUUGAUCUCAUAGCUACAGUUUUGUGUAGGCUAAACUCGAACACGGUAGUUAGCCAGCCAAAGUGAUACACAAGCCAUUUACCUAUUAAUCAUGUAACAGUUCAUGUUCUUUUAUUGUAUUUUCUUCAUGAAAGAGAGAGUUGCUCUGACUGAACAGAAAACGUUGGAUGGGAUCAUCUUUGGUGCGUUGCAAACAUGGAUCUCGGACUUGCGUUAAAUUCUGGUUGUAACGUUACUGACACGCAGGAUGACCUGCUGAGAGUGAUAGUAAAAGAAGAAGAUAUAACGGAGGAGGACUAUGGUCAUAUGACUGCGUUCCAACAUGAUGAAGAGAAGCCAUUUGUAGAGCCUCACUGUAAAACUGAAACGGAGACAGACGUCGCUGAGUCCAAAAUUUUCACUGAAACACUACAGGCAAGAGCGGAGGUUAAAGUGAAGAAAGACGAGGAGGAAGAAGAGCUCGAUUAUGUAUUGGGAGAUGCAGCGCAACAGAAGAUCCAUGGACAGAAUGAUGAACUCAACCUGCAACUCAAUGGAAGGCUGCACCACUGCACAGUCUGCAGUAAGAGUUUCACAGCCUUGAGAAAACUCAAGAAACACCAGCAAACACACUCUGUUAGUGUGAAUGAAAAGCCAAAGACUCAUCAGUGUUCUCAGUGUAAAAAAAUAUUUACGACAUCUUCAUCUCUUCGACGGCACAUGCGUACACACACUGGAGUGAGGCCUCAUAAAUGUGACCAGUGUGGAAAAGCUUUUUAUGUAUUUGAACAUCUUAAAACCCAUAUGUUAAUACACACUGGAGAGAGGCCUCAUAAAUGUGACCAGUGCGGAAAACGUUUUUCACAAAUUCAACAUCUUAAAGGCCAUGUGCUAAUACACACUGGAGAGAAGCCUCAUAAAUGUGUCCAGUGUGGAAGAGCUUUUUCACACACAUCAUCUCUGAAAUCCCACAUGUUAACACACACUGGAGAGAAGCCUCAUAAAUGUCAGCAGUGCGGGAAAGGUUUUUCACAACUUCAACAUCUUAAAGAUCACAUGUUAACACACACUGGAGAGAAGCCUCAUGUAUGUGACCUGUGCGGGAAAGGGUUUUCACAAAUUCAACAUCUUAAAGGCCACAUGUUAACACACACUGGAGAGAAGCCUCAUAAAUGUUUCCAGUGCGGAAGAGCUUUUUCACAAACAUCAUCUCUGAAAUCCCACAUGUUUACACACACUCGAGAAAAGCUUCAUAAAUGUGAUCAGUGCGGGAAAGUUUUUUCAACAAUUUCCUAUCUUAAAAUCCAUAUGUUAAUACACACUGGAGAGAACCCUCAUAAAUGUGCCCAGUGUGGAAAAGCUUUUUCACGAAUUUCAACUCUUAAAAAACACAUGCUUACACAUACUGGAGAGAAGCCUCAUAAAUGUGUCCAGUGUGGAAAAGGCUUUUCACAAAUUUCAAAUCUUAAUAAGCAUAUGUUAAGACACACUGGAGAGAACCCUCAUAAAUGUGCCCAGUGUGGAAAAGUUUUUUCACAAAAAUCAAAUCUUAAUACCCAUUUGCGAACUCACACUGGAUAGAAGCCUCAUAAAUGUGUUCAGUGUGGAAAAGGUUUUCCAUAAACAACAAAACUUACAUCCCAUAUGCCAGCAGCCUGAACUACUUCCAUCAUAGGCCCCUAUUUUAAGAUUUUGCCCGAUAUUGCUCGUCAUAUUUUUAUAUGGACACUGUUCCCAUAUACUUUGGCCAUAUCAUCAAAUGCAUGACCUCUAAUGAAAGCUGAGACCCUAUAGAAUUUUUCAAAAACAGAUUUUUGUUUUCCAAAUGAUGUACUGGCAAAGGAUUACAGAGAGGAGAAUAUUGUUUUUUUGGAAGCCGGUAAUGUGCAUGUCUGGAACUGACCACAGUUUGGCCCUCUAGGUUACUAAUUCUGCCUUUGAAACACAACUGAGGCCUAGAACCAGAUCAAGCUGUAUCUCUACAAACUGACGCCUAUAGAACCAGAUCAAGCUGUAUCUCUACAAACUGAGGCCUAUAGAACCAGAUCAAGCUGUAUCUCUGUACAAACUGAGGCCUAGAACCAGAUCAAGCUGUAUCUCUACAAACUGAGGCCUAUAGAACCAGAUCAAGCUGUAUCUCUGUACAAACUGAGGCCUAGAACCAGAUCAAGCUGCAUCUCUGUACAAACUGAGGCCUAGAACCAGAUCAAGCUGUAUCUCUGUACAAAGACCUUCAGGUCCUUCCCUGAGCCAUCUGAUGGUACCCCGGGUAGAAUUCUCCAAACCCCUUUGUGUAGUUGUUUUUCAUGUUUUAAUUAUUACUUUUAUUAUUAUUUAUUACUAUCAUUACUUUAAAACACUUUAAACACUUUUAAAUUAUUGACCUUUUAUGCAUUUAUGUACUAUUGCCUUCUGUGUUUUAUGUUUUCUUCUUAUUAUUAUUAUUCUAUUAUUAUUAUUAUUCUUUACUUUAAACUAUUAUUUGACUAUUGCCUUUCUAUGCUUUUAACAGCUA